CAGAACACAACGCACGGCACCGUCACCGCUUGUCGCCGUCCAACUCCCCCCAUGAGGCCGCCCCCGAGGCACCCCGCCGCCUCCCCCUCCUCGCUCCAGCAGCACUAGCAGCCGACGAUCCGCCCGCCCGCGCGCGCCCCGCCGGCCGCCGCCAUGCUCUUCGCGCGCCGCGACAUCGAGGCCGCGGCCGCCGGCGCCCAGGACGGCUCGCCGGCCGCCAAGAGGGGCAAGCCGGACGCGGCCGACGCGGCGCGCCCCACGCUGACGCGGACCGAGGCGCUCGCGGCUGCGGCCGUGCUCGCGCUCUUCGUCGCCGGGAUCUUCUGCAUCUUCCUCGCCGCGCCCCGCCGCGAGUUCGGCCAGAUCCUCCGCCUCCCGCGCAGCCUCGCCGACGUGCGCCUCCUCAAGGACAAUCUUGCUGUGUAUGCAAGUGAGCAUCAGGCAAAUUUCGUGUUGGGGUAUUGCUCCAUAUACAUCUUCAUGCAAACAUUUAUGAUCCCCGGAACAAUAUUUAUGUCUUUACUUGCUGGAGCGCUUUUUGGGGUGAUUAAAGGGGGUGUUUUGGUCGUCUUCACUGCCACAGCUGGGGCAUCAUCUUGCUAUUUUCUCUCCAAGUUGAUUGGCAGACCUUUGGUUUGCUGGUUGUGGCCUGAAAGACUGAGAUAUUUCCAGUCAGAGAUCGCAAAGAGGAAAGACAAGCUGUUGAACUACAUGCUUUUUCUGAGAAUAACACCAACUCUGCCCAAUACUUUCAUAAAUAUGGCGUCACCUAUUGUCGACAUACCUUUCCAUAUUUUCUUUGCUGCAACACUAAUUGGGCUCAUCCCAGCAUCUUAUAUUACUGUAAAGGCUGGGAGAGCUCUAGGCGAUCUAAGAUCAGUUAGGGAAUUGUAUGACUUCAAGACAUUAGUUGUUCUAUUCCUCAUUGGAUCUGUCGCCGUCGUCCCAACCAUCCUGAAAAGGAAGAGAACAUAUGAGUGAUGCCUCAGGCAAUAUCGAUAUAUACAGUCCCCGAUGCCCCAGCGUGUACUAGCCCCCCUUUUUUCGCCUUUUCUUUUCCUUCCCUAUAUAUGUAUACCUAUUUAAUUUAGAUGUAAAGAUGUAAGAAACGGAAUGCCUCCCUUGAAAGUCGGUAUUACGCAAUAAAAGUGGUGCUAUUGCUGUA